AUGGAUUAAUUACUGUUAGUUUAACCUGAAAGAAUGCUAAAAUUUGAAAUGGAAAAUAACUAAUACGUUGCAAGAAUAGUUUUACAAAAUGUUUCAGCAAUCUUCGUAGCUUUUAAAGUUAGACUAAGCAAUCAAAAUGAUUAUACUGUAAAACCAAGCAUAGGUGUAUUGAGAGCAGGCAACAGUGUAACAUUGCAAUUAACUACCGAAAAUGCAAUUAGUAUAAAUGUGGAUCGCGUUUAGAUUUUGGCUGGACCCAUUUCCAACAAUGAGGAUGUGAUUUAAUUUUUCAAAAAAUAGCAGAGAUUAAAUCAAAGGAUCCUUAAAUGCAGCAGUGGCGAAGCUUCUUCUUUGUCAUCUACUGUGUACAAAUCUUCCAUUUCUCCGUAAGAAAUUAAUGAUUUUAAAACAACUACAAUUAAAACUGAAUAUGUGAAACCGCAGAAGAAAUAAUCGGCAUCAAAAGAUGUUCUGAGUUUGGAAGAAUAGAUUAAAUUGAUUGUAUUUAUACCUCAUCUAUUCUUGUGUAGAGUGAAGAUCUGA